GCUCCUUCAAUUUUUUAGUUUGACAGAAAUAUGGCGUUGCGUUCGUUAAAUUCUGACAAGUAGUUUUGCUAUAUUUGUUUCUGCUUUUAAUGAGUGUCUUCCUUAAUUUCAAAAAAAUUGUUUGAAAUUAAGAAUUGAAACAAUAAUGGAUCGGAGUUUAGUGGAAAAAUUUAUAGAAGUUACAGGUGAAAGUGAAGCAAUUGCAACGCAAUACUUGGCAUUGGCAGAGGGGAAUGUUGAUACUGCAAUAACAUUAUUAUUUGAGGGUGGUGGUCCAGCAGCCGCUCCUCCACCAGAUCCUGAACCUGCUGUACGUCCACCAAUAUUACCAACACAAGAAGUUCUCGUUCCACCUGAAAUUGGUUGUUCUUUUCCAAGAACGUCAAAUAGCGUUUUUGACAGAUUCCGCGAUUUUAAUGUAGAAACACAAAGACAAGAAGAGGAAAUGACACGUAAAGCGAGUGGAACGAGAAAAAAUAUGCAACGUAAAACAAGACGUUUAGAGGAUUUAUUUCGACCUCCUUGUGAAAUAUUAUUUCUCGGCACUUUCUUGGAGGCUAGAGAAUAUGCAAAAUCGAUGAAUCGCUGGUUACUUGUUAAUGUACAAAAUCCACAAGAAUUCGCAUGUCAAAUAUUAAAUCGCGAUGUUUGGCCUAACGCGCAAAUUCGAGAAAUGAUCAAAGAUCAUUUUGUCCUCUGGCAGGUACUAUCGAAUACGUCCGAAGGAAAGCGUUACAAUGAUUUUUAUAACGUCAUGAGCUAUCCAUAUUUAGGAGUGAUUGAUCCAAGAACUGGGGAAUGUAUGAGAAUAUAUAAUCAAGUUACUGUAGAUAGUUUGACAUCUGGAUUAAAUGAUAUGUUAAGUACUCAUGCUUCACCUGAGUGUGCACCUCAAGAGCCAUCAGUUUCUGAUGAGUGGAAAAAUUCUUCAGAUUCGUCAAUGAAGCGAAAUUUGGUGUCUGAUUCAUCAGUCAGUAGUAAUUCGUCUGGUGUGAAGAAGCUCAGAAAACUAGAAGGAAGAAGUUUAGGUAUUAUUGAUGGUGAAGCUACUGUCGGUGUUAGUAGUACGAGUGUCUCGAAUCACAGUCCUACUAUUUUAAGCAAACGAUCACGGAUAGACGAACUGGAUGCUAAAAGCAAAUCAAGUUGUCUUGGAGCACAGAAAAAGGACGAAACAUCCAGUAAGGAACAGGACGUUUCAUGUAAAUCUGAAUCAGUUAUAGAUAAAGAUGCACCUUCUUUGAGACUUUGUUUACGGCUUCCAAAUGGUUCCAAAGAGACAAUUUCAAUGAAUUCCAGUGAAAGAAUCGAGGAUUUUUUGAAAAAAAUGCAGGACAUGGGUUACACAAUGGUGGAAUAUACAUUUUUAAUACCAUUCCCAAGGACUGUAAUUGAAGACCUGUCUCUUGAUUUACGUCUCGCGGAUUCUAUUUUAUUUCCUUCAAACACAGUAUUCAUAAGUAAAAUAUAGUGAGAUUUUUAAAGGCAGAAAAAUUAAUAUCUUUUAGAUAAGUUUAUUUUGUAAUUUUUAGAAUUGAAAUUUCUUUACUCUCGUUUUUUGUACUUUAAAUUAAUAAAAUUGUACAUUCUGUAAUUAUUAUAAUUUGCCGAAACAUUAGGUUUAAUUUUCUCGUUUCUAAAUAAUAACUAAACUAUUAAUUUCUAACUUUAUACUUUAUAGUUCAAAAAUGAAUUUCAGAAUCAAAAUAAAUUAAUUAAUUAAUUUCAAUUAUAGAAACGCUGAUAUUUUUUAGUUUGUAAACAAAUUCUUUUUUCACAUAGUGAUAAUAAAAAACGUAUGAAUUUAAUUUAUAUUUGAAUAAAAUUUAAGGCAUAAUUAUAUAUUUUAAUAUUUAAUCUACUAUAAUUACAGUAAUUUAUGUUUGACUCUCUGCUUAUGAAUGUCAAAUUCUCUUUAUUGCAUAAUUAUUAUCAUUAUAUAAUUUUAACAUUUAAGGUAAAAUUUACUUCGUCUUAUGUAAAAAAAAAAAAUGUCAAGUAACAAGAAACAACGAUUGAAUGAAAAUUUAAAUUAGUAAUAGGAAAGUAAUAAAAUAGGUUUAAUAAAAUUUAUAGAAGGAUUUAUUUCACCUGAAAAUGUACUCAGAUAUUGUAAUUGUAAUUUUAUGUUAAUAAAUAUUAUAAAAUAUAUAAUUUAAAA